CUAUCACAGUCUGAGAUAAGACACAUCCUCGAGUAUACAGUGUCUUAAUUGUCAUUAUAUUGACCCAUCUGAUUCAACUUCCUCCGUAUUUCCCGUUCCAUAUUUAAAGCUGGAGAGCAAAGCAAACCCAAUCGAAAUUAGUGAUAGGAGAAGCACUGAUAAGCCGCCCUCGGGUGGCCCCAUAUAAGAGAUGGUUUCAGAGCAAACGCCACCACUAACCUAACCAUGUCUGGAUCGUUGUGGGCCUAUGUUUCGGCUGUUUUUCUAGCCAUCCUGGUCGCCGUGGCCGCCAAUGGCUUUAGCACCCAGUAUCGGGGUCAUACCCAGCAUCCAACACUGCCGGAGCACUGUCUCUACGAGGAGCUCCAGCUGGCCGUUCCGCUGCAUGGCUUCAUUCUUCCAAACGGCUACGAUGACUACUGCGUCCGUGUGGAAUGCACCGAGGACUAUCUUUUGAUAAUCCGACACUGUGACAAACAAUCGUUUCCACGACCUGGUUGCCAUCUCUCAGAGAGCAAAUUUGAGCUGUCCUAUCCCGCCUGCUGUCCGCAGCUCGAGUGUGAGAAGGAGAAUCUGGAUUGAGGCUAUAAAGUUGGGAUGAAAAAAUUAGCAUUAAGAUGGAUUUCGAAUAUAUAUUCUAUUGGCAGUUUACAAUAAAGUAAAAUUCUUUAAGCA